AUGUGCAAGAAGAAAUCAAAAGGUUUAAAGAAACCAAUGGAAUAGUUCCCAAAAAUAGAAAAGAGAAACAAAAAGAAAUCCAAACAACUACAUCAGACACUCCUAGAAUGGGAAGAUUUGUAAAAGAAAAUCUUACACAAUUAGAAAGAGUAUUACAAGAAGAAAAGAAAAACAAUAGCAAAGAAAUUGAAAAAGGCUUAAAGCAAUUGAGAUAUAGACUUCAAACCAUUAAAGAUAAUUACAAAUAUGUAUCAAACUUACCAGAUGAAGAAUUAGAAAGUCAUCUAGGAACAGUAGAAAAAACUGCAAAAAUAAAUAUUAAUGAUAAAGAAGAGGAUAGAAAGAAAGCCUUAUACAAUUCAGGAGAUCAACAAGUGUGGAAAAAUAAAGAUGUGAUUAAACAAAUAGAAGAAGAAUAUCAAUUUAAUAAAUAUACAUUAUUAAAUAUGAUAAAAGAGGAGUUCAAUCAAAUGCCACAAUGGGAACAACAAAUAACAAUGAGAAACUUCUUGAUAGGAUCAGAAUUCUUAAGUGAAAAAGUAAGAAAACAAUUUCAGGACAAGUACAAAGAACUACUAGCAUCAUCAUUAGAAAAUCAAGGAAAAAUGCAUGAUGAUGAUGAAGUAGAAAAAAGAUUUGUGAAAGAUCAAAAAAUAAUAAGAGGAAAACCACAACCUGAACCGUUUCUACCAGAAGGUGUUACUCAUAAUAGGUAUAUACCAAAAGAAAAUAUCUAUAGAGAAAGACUUGCAUCUCCAACUUCUAGUGAAGAAGACUUUAAUCUCAAAAGUAGAAACUUAGGAGAAUGGCUAAGGAGUCAAGCAAAAGAACCACCUAGACCAAGCUCUUCAAUAAAAGACUUUGUAAAUAAAAAUAUUGUAGAUCCAAUAUUCAGAAGAACAAAUGGGAGAAACAGUAGUACAUCAAGUCUACCAAAAAUACCUUCAAGUUUAAAGAAUGAAAUAAAUUUAAACAAUGAUGAAGAAGAAUUUAAACUUCAGAAACCACCUGUAAGAUAUAAAAGGACAAGAACAGUUGUAUCAACUGAUACGAAUUUAUCAUCCACAAAUGGAGAUAAAUAG